AUGACUGGAAACCUGCAUGAUAGUGAUUCGGAUUCCCUGAACGAGUCCUGUCAUACUGAGGAGCAAAAUGAUGUGAUGAGUCCAGGCACAUCAACCACCAGCAGUCGCACAAAUGCAUCAAAGCGCAACAAAACAGCAUCCGAUUAUAGAGAUGAGCUUAUAGAAUGUGAAAGAAAAAAAUUUUUGCUAAUAGAACAGAAAAUGGCCACAAAUAAUGUCCAGCCGGAAAAAUGUGAUGAUUAUCAUUUUUUUAUGAGUCUUCUGCCACAAAUGAAGCAAUUUGGUGAAGUACAAAAGUUACGUAUUCGCAAUAAAAUUACCCAAGUCAUAAUAGACGAGGCAAAAAGGAUGCAGUAUUCUUCUCAUCAGAGAUACGAGGAAAACUAUGGAGGCUAUUCUACUACUGGCACUUACACCAAUUUUUAA